AGAUUCAUCACUUCAAAUUUAAACGAAAUUUUUACAUUUCAACAACGAAUUUUCUUCUUAAAUUACGAUCAAGAUUUUUAUUACAUUGGACAACAAUAUGGCUAUCCAAGCGUUUUCAAAUUUUAGACUGCAAUGUAUGUCGAUUGCAUUGAAAUUAAAUAUCAAUGAUUUACCAUUCGAAGUUAUUCAAAAUUUAAAUGAUGAGACCACCAGUGCAAAAAAGUGCAUUGCAGCAAAAUGAAGCAAAUCGUUUGCAACAUCAUCAACAGACACAUAAGCAUUUACAGCAACAAAAACAAUUGCAACAGCAACCGGAUAUUAUAGCAACAAACUUUAGUGAUUUACAACAAACCGAAACAAUAGCUCGAAAAUCAAAAUUAGAACAACGCGAAUUACUUGUUGAGAAUCAUUUAAAUAGCGCCUGUUUUGCUCAAGUGCAUCAUCAGCCUACAACCAGGCAACCGCCGCCACCACCACCGCCUAUAACAGCAAGAACAAUAACACGCAAAUCAUUGCCAACUUAUUACAACGAUUGUUAUCAGCAGCAACAGCAACAUCCUACUCCCCAUUUAGCUAACAGUGGUGGCAUUCAAAACAAUAGAAGAGAUUCUUCAGCGACUGUAAAAUUACUUGAUCUCAGUACAUCGCCACCAUCACUAAACGAAACGUUGUUUCGAAAUCAAACAACAACUUCAGCUGAAGUAUUACAGAAUCGCAUUUCCGCCAGCAACAAUACAAACAAUAGUCAGCAACGUCUCUCAUUUGCCAGCCAGUAUUCAUCACGUUCAUCGUCCAGUGACGACAGUAGUAGUCUCAGCUUAACAACUGCCUGUGCUAGUUCAGCAGUAACAGCAGCUGCGUCGGCAGAAGUAGGUGCUAUCCAUUAUAAUACAUACAACAAUACUUUCGAUGAUGCUGCAGAAAAUUUCAUUAUAAAUUUUCCGGCCGAUACUUCACCUUUGCCAGCUCAACCGUCACUUGUUGUUGCGGCACACUCUGACUAUUGUCUGCCAUUGUCCGAAACAGAACCGCUGUUGACGAAUAUUGAGUCCACUGUGAAUGAUAAACAACGUUCGAUUUAUCUAAAUAAGAAUAGUGCUUCCUUGAUUUUUACACGCAAGGACUUAUCAACACAAAUAGCAGCAAAGACUGCAACAGCUACUACAUAUCAGCAACAACAAAAGCAACAGCAAUUUAAAUCACAAUCAAAAACAAAUAAUAAUUUUAAUGGAACGCUUUCUUCGCUCAGUUCCAAAUCGUUUUCAGGUUUAACUUCUACAGCUGCAAACAAUAGCGGUGGCCCAACCAAUGUAAGACGUCAAAAUCAUUCCACGUUACGUUCAUUUUCCGAAGAGAAUUACAAGCGUAAACCCACAAAGCAUUUACCAGCAACAUAUCAUCAGCAACAUCGUCGUAGCUUACAACUUAAUUACAAUAAUAAUCUUGUGACUACAACAACUUGUGGCACACACGCCAAUAACAAUCACUGUUGUGGUAGCAACAGUAACAGCGGUAUAUCAAAUACAGCUGUUUUGCAUAAAACUCAUCAUAGCAACCAGCAGCCGUUGCAACGACAACAGCAACAACAGUCCUUAUUUAAGCAGCCACAACAGCAGGGUCAUCACUAUCAGCAUUGUAGUUUAAACUCAAAUACUUGUGCGGCAACAAACAACACGGCAACUGCAACACGCAAACAAUACGCGUACUCUUGGUACGCUCCCGUCUAUAGUGCGCUUGAGGAGGAACUAGAACAAGAUUCUAGGGAUUCCUCGCCAAUUCACAAUCUGGCCAAUACAAAGAAACAACACAUCAACCAAUACCAUCAAUCUCACGAUCUUAAUACAUCACUAGCACCCACAACUGAUAACGAGACAGAAGCACUUCUAGAAACCCGCCAUAAUAUAAAUAUACAAACUCAUCUGCCGGCCAACAAUCUUAAGAAAGAAUCGAUAACUAAACAACUUCAUCCCGCAAAGUUAUCUCUGCAAAGUAAGGGAAACCAUCAAGCGACCAAAGGAAUUGGCCACAGUGGUGGGGGAGACGUUAACGCGGUCGAAGGAUUUUCAAAUUAUGACUUGGAGGGCCCUCAUGCAGGCUCGUUGGGGCUUGCUGGGGGCCCACAACCCAGGCGUAUACGUUUUGGCAAUUUUCUUAAAUCUUUGGUCGGUCUGCGGCCAUCAGUAUCAAAUCGUAAUGUUAAUGGUGUGGUUGGAGCAAACACUUCAAAAUCUACGGCAAAUGAACCAUAUGAAGAUGGCGCUGGCAACCCACCAUUGGCAAUACCAUCAUCUCCGGAAAUUACCAUUACGCGUACGCCUUCCGAACAAAAUAUGGUCGUUAUGCGAGAUCCUUCGGGUUACCGCGAGUACAAUGCCUACAGUAGUAGGGAAAAGUUAGCAAAUUUCCAUCGUGAAAGAGUUGUCAAAUCCGGUAGUACGUCAUCCCUAAAUGUUAUGCAACAGAAAUUGUGGAAUAUAAUGCGAAGGGAGGGAAGUGCUAUGAGUCUGCAUCAAGAGAAAUCACAGUCUAUUGUCCAUUAUACGGGCCUUAGGAAAUGUGAAACGGUUUUAGCCCUAACACGACAAACAACAUCUCCUUGUUCACCCACAAUGGGUGCGGGUGCUGGAGUUACGGGCAGUAAUUCCAGAAAUCAUUUAAGCGAAAGUCAUGCCGCACGUCUGUCGUAUACGGGUAGUGGUAUAUUUAGUGCUAAUGGUGUGGAGCAAAUACGUCCAUUAAAUCGACUGAGGAAUAGCAUUUCCAGUAUGAACAACACUUGCUCAAGAUGUUCCAGCCUCCUAUCGUUGGCUGCCUCCAGUUCAAGGUAUUCAUUGAAUAAUACAACAAAUCCUAUGGCUCAUACUUCCCAACAGCACCUACGCCAAUCUAGUAACAUAAGCAGUAGUAAUAUUAGUAAUACAUUUAGUCGCAGUCGCGAUGGAUCUGUCGAGGCCGGUCUCCAUUUCGCCGUUAAGCGUAAUAGUCGAACAUCAGCCUUGAGUUCACAACGAAAUUCCACCUCCGGUGCCAAUAGCACAACCAGCAGUCGAACACCAUCAAUAACCUCACCCACAACAACCACCGCAACUACCGCUUCCACAAUAAAGCUUACAACACCACCCACCGAUAAUUCUUUGUCUGUACCUCUUCUCUCGCCGCCACCCAACUCCUCGUCUAUAACAUCAACUGCAAUGGCACCAGUCCUUAGAGAGAGUGUAAGUUUUCCCGCUGAAUCAGCGUCUCUGUUAAAAGUUGCCAACAAAAAAGAAACGUCAACCAUCAAAAUCAAUGAUGAGGGUGAUGUUAGAAAUGUGGACUACGAUAUGAUUGAUGGUGUCUAUAGAAAUAACACUAACAACACCAGUGGUGGCAGCAUUAUCAAUAAACCCUGCUCUUCAUCUACAUCCUCUUCCAACUCCACACUUUUACCGAUUGCACAAGUGAACGUGACUUUAUCGACAAAUCCAAAAACAUCAGCUUCAACUACCUUUACAGAAACAGCUGCAGUUGCAUCCACAACAACUGAAUCUAUAAUGGCAACAAUAAUGCAACGUUGCAACACUCCAAAUGACUCCCUCAACCCCACUACUACACCAACAGCAACACAAGCACCACCAGCACGUCCAUUCGAAAUGUUCACGUGCAAGUUGUGUCUUAUCGAUGUCGAGAAUGCCAGCAAUUCAACUAUAUUACACCAGUGUGGCUGUCAGUUUUGUACCGAGUGUAUGAAAGCUUAUGUGGAAUUUGAAAUAUCGGAAGGUGCCUAUGAGAUUUCAUGUCCAGAUGCUCAAUGUCCGGAACAAGGCGCUAUGACAUUGCCCGAAAUAGCGAGUCUAACAACAAAUAAUUUAAUGAAAAAACAUCACAGAUAUCGAUUAAAUAGAGAAAUCGAGUUGGAUAAAACACGUACCUGGUGUCCUCGUGCUGGUUGCGAAACUGUUUGUCUUAUUGGUUCAUCAACUUCUCAAUCAGAUGCUGCACCCUCAACAUCCUCGGCAUCCUCGACCACGUCGGCGACUGCGACAUCAGCCAUAAAUCCAACAACUACCACAACAAUAGCAACAACUCCCAACGGUAUAAAUGCCGUUACAACACUGUGUGCCGUACAAUGUCCAUCCUGUAAGGAUGAAUUUUGUUCGGCAUGUAAAAAGACGUGGCAUCCAAAUAUUACUUGUGAAGAGCAUAGUCGUCGUUUGGCAGCAGAUGGUCAAGAUGAUAUUGGUAUACCCUUCGAUAACGACCUCAUCAAAUGUUGUCCCAUGUGUGCGGUACCAAUUGAAAAGGAUGAGGGCUGUGCACAAAUGAUGUGUAAACGUUGCAAACACGUUUUUUGCUGGUAUUGUCUGGCCAGUUUGGAUGAUGACUUUUUGCUGCGUCAUUAUGAUAAGGGACCAUGUAAAAAUAAACUUGGACAUUCCCGUGCUUCGGUGGUAUGGCAUCGAGCUCAAGUGAUAGGCAUUUUUGCUGGUUUUGGUAUUUUAUUAUUGGUGGCUUCGCCUUUACUUUUGCUAGCAGCUCCCUGUAUUAUAUGCUGUAAAUGCCGUAGUUGCAGUGGUUCUAAAAUUGAUGAAGUCGAUGGUGAACUGGAUGAAGCCACUGCAUUGCAAAGCCUCAACUAAUUACGACUGCAGUUAAAAUAUUACAUUUUUUCUAAUACAUUAUAAGUAUUUAAAUAUUUGCGUACCUACGUAAUUAACGAAAAAAAAACACGUAUUUUCGUUACAUUAAAUUUGCAAAUAAAUAUUGUAUGUAAAUAA